GGGGCCGGCCGCUGUGAGGGAGCGGGGGGGCGCGCAGGACAAGAUGCCCGCCCUGAGGGGACGGAGCCUUCGAGGCGGGCGGGCGUGAGGGCGCUCCCCUCCGAGGGAUUAACGACGGCUCCGCCGCCCCGUCGCGGACGGCGAUUUACCUGGGUGGCCACCUCCCUCCCUCUUUCCUUUCUUCCUUCCCGGAGCCGGUGGUUUCGGCGGAGAGGGAGUGGAGCCCGCCUGGCCCCUCCCCGGAGAAACUUUCCGCCGCCACCCGCGCCAGGGCGACCCUUGGGCAGCGUCGGCCGCAAACUUCUGGGGAAGAGAGAACCCAGGCUUCGCGCAGGGCUGUGCGAGCGGGCGAGUGGAAAACUGAGUGCUGCUGAAAGCUGAAGAAAUUUUAAGCCUAGGUUCUUGACCAAAUGGAAGAGCUGCCAGAGCCAAUUUUUCCUUGCUGACCUGCUGACAUUGCUUUAAUUGCAGAUAUUUUAGUUGCCACAAGCUGACUCUGCGUCCUUUCCAGAUCCUGACUUCUGCAGUUAUUAGCACAAAGGUGUUCACAGAAAAGGAGUCUGUUCCUGGGGCUGUGCUGUGUUUGUCUGUGGAAUAUAGGGGGCCUUGAUUGUGUCUUAGCUCUUCUGCCCAAUGCCAAAAUAGAGAAAUGAAGAUUUCUGUGGGUGCCAAAGCUCAGGACACAGUAUCAGUCUCAUCAUGAUGCCUGAACAGCUGUAGCUCACUGGAGGAUUUAGAAAAGAAAUUCAGCAUGACCUAGUUGGCUCGACCUGUGGAAAUUUUAUAAUGUCCUCUGGAACAAGUAUCAGCAGAAACAGGCAGGCUCCCAGCCUGCAGGGUGUUGACCCAGAAACAUGCAUGAUAGUGUUUAGAACACACUGGGCACAGGUUCUGAAAAUCUUAGAGAAGCAUGAUCCUUUGAAAAAUACUCAGGCAAAGUAUGGGGCAAUCUCACCUGAUGAGGCCAGCACUGUCCAGAAUUACGUGGAGCACAUGCUUUUCUUAUUAAUUGAGGAGCAAGCAAAAGAUGCCUCGAUGGGGCCUAUUCUGGAGUUUGUGGUCUCAGAAAACAUCAUGGAGAAGCUUUUCCUUUGGAGCCUACGGCGAGAGUUCACCGAUGAGACAAAAAUCGAGCAACUCAAAAUGUACGAAAUGCUUGUAACCCAGUCUCACCAGCCUUUGCUGCAUCACAAGCCCAUUUUGAAGCCUUUGAUGAUGUUGCUGAGUUCCUGCUCAGGAACAACCACCCCAACAGUGGAAACAGAGUUGGUUGUGCUCUUGAACCAGCUCUGCUCUAUAAUAGCCAAAGAUCCCUCCAUUUUAGAACUGUUUUUCCACACUAGUGAGGACCAAGGAGCUGCCAAUUUCCUCAUUUUCUCCCUGCUGAUCCCCUUCAUCCAUCGAGAAGGAACAGUAGGCCAACAGGCCCGGGAUGCACUGCUUUUCAUAAUGUCUCUGUCUGCGGAAAACAACCUUGUUGCAAACCACAUAGCAGAAAACACCUAUUUUUGCCCAGUGUUAGCAACAGGACUAAGUGGCCUCUAUUCAUCUUUGCCUACAAAGCUGGAAGAAAAAGGAGAAGAAUGGCACUGUCUGAUGAAAGAUGACUGGCUUUUGUCACCAGCCCUUGUACAAUUCAUGAAUUCCCUUGAAUUUUGCAAUGCUGUGAUACAGGUGGCACAUCCCCUGAUACGCAACCAGCUUGUGAAUUACAUUUACAAUGGAUUUUUGGUGCCAGUAAUGGCUCCUGCGCUCCAUAAGGUGACUGUGGAGGAAGUGAUGACUACGACUGCAUACCUGGAUCUCUUCUUGCGCAGCGUUUCAGAGCCAGCCCUCCUCAAGAUCUUCCUCCGCUUUAUUUUGCUGCACCGACAUGAGAAUGUUCAUAUCCUGGAUACACUUACCAGCAGAAUCAACACACCAUUCAGGCUCUGUGUGGUCUCCUUGGCGUUGUUCAGAACACUCAUUGGUUUGCAUUGUGAAGAUGUGAUGUUACAGCUAGUUUUAAGGUAUCUGAUCCCGUGCAACCACAUGAUGCUGAGCCAGCGGCGAGCUGUGAAAGAGAGAGACUGUUACUCUGUGUCUGCUGCAAAACUGCUGGCCCUGACACCUCUCUGCUGCUCCACUGGAAUCACUUUGGCACUUGAAAGCCAAGGAAAAGACUAUAUUCUCUGGACAAAAACAGCACAAACUAAAGAUCCUGGUAGACGCUCUUCUGAAUCUGCUUGCAUUGUGGAAUAUGGAAGGGCUGUGGACAUCAGCUACUUGCAGUACCUGGGGGAAGCCCAAGAAGCCAUCAUCCAGUGCAUGAAAGAUUGUAAGGUUUGGUCUGCCUUGUAUGAUGGAAUAAAUCCUGAUCCAGACACCUUUAUCCAGACGCUUGCAGAGGAGAGUGGUACAGAUGUGGAACACCCCAUGUUUCGGCUGCAGCAAAGGACACCUAGCUCAUGUAGCUCUGCUCAAGCAACUCCAUUCAGUGAGAAGAUGCAGCUGGAGCUAGAAUGGGAUGAUAGCUAUGACACAGGGAUUUCUCCUGGUUCUAACGUGAGCUCACCACAACCAUGUGAUGAUCUGGGAAGCACAGAAAUGCAGCCACCUGCAGAGCCACCAAAACACAUUCAAGAAAUGAAAAAAAAUGCCAUUAUGCUCGUCAAAGGCUCUUACAUAGAGGAAUCAGACUUUCAGGAUGAUGUUAUGGUUUACAGGUUAUGUGCCCAGAAGGAUACUCAGGAUGAUGAGAGCUCCAAGGAGAAACCUUUAAAUGUAGCCAGAGAACACAAGGUGCAGAGCCAGACCGUAGUCAAUGGGUCUCUUGCAAAGACCCAGCUGGAAAUGGACUUGGAUGAGCACAGUAAGAGGAAUUCAAGCUCAACUAAAGGAGUGAUGAGAGAACAAAUAAACCAGAAAAUGACUGAGAUUGAUCCACAGCCAGACUUAGAGUUAAAGAUUUCUUCUCAGGAGGCAGAUUGUAACUUAAGUGUAAAACUGCUGAGCACAGAUGGUGAGGAUUUCAUUGCACAGUAUGACAGAAUUAUUAAGGAACUGGAUCCAAACAGUGCAAGCUUGGAGGAGCAGAAGUUGGAUGCUCCUGAUCCUGUCUCUCCAGCAGAAGAAGAGGAGGACUUUGAGAAUUUCUCAGCAGAUACCCCUUCUGCAGAGAGCACAUCAUCUCCCUUUGGACCAAAGGAGGAUGUCUCUCCCAAGCACUCUCCAAGGGGCCCGAGUGCUCCAUUUACAGGACCAUUCAUCAGUGUUGUGUUGUCAAAGCUGGAGAAUAUGCUGGAGAAUUCCUUGCAUGUAAAUUUGCUGCUUAUUGGGAUUAUUACUCAGCUGGCAAGUUACCCACAGCCGCUUCUUCGCUCCUUUCUGCUUAACACCAACAUGGUGUUUCAGCCUAGUGUGCGCUCACUCUAUCAGGUGCUGGCAUCUGUGAAAAAUAAGAUUGAACAUUUUGCUUCCAUUGAAAAAGACUUCCCAGGUCUUCUCCUGGAGGCGCAACAGUACUUGCUUUUUCGUGUGGACAUGUCUGAUGCUGCAGAAGAAUUGCUCACCAAAGGUAAUGACCAGCACAGCAGCAACACGGGGAAAGGAAGGAAUCUUCCCGAAGCUUACCCGGCUGUAGUGCAGCCUUUCCUGGGACAGAAAGUCAAGAAAGGCCUGGCUCAUCCCAGCCUUCCUGCGCACGUGAGGAACGCCGUACUUGCAGCUGCCCUUUUCCCAGAGUUCCUGAAGGAGCUGGCAGCUCUAGCCCAGGAACAUUCCAUUUUAUGUUACAAAAUACUGGGGGAUUUUGAAGAUUAUUAUUAGUGGGUUUUUAAAAUAUGGUUUAAAAAAGCUUUUGGAGUUUAAACAGAUUGUUAAUGCAAAGCUGCUUUCAAAAGAAGGUUGUAGUUCGAUAUUUCCUGAGAAUACUUGAUUUGGAGGGUGAAGGAGGAGGCAAAAUAUUAUUCUACUUAGGCCUUAUAAUGUCCCUCUGUACUACAUAACUUAUUUGAGAUUUCUGAUACUGCUCUUAAUGCAGCUUCCUUCUUCAUCCCUUCCUCUUUGCAGAGCCACCCUUCUUCAGUGUCACUGAUUCCUGUUGAAUUUCUGCAGUAGAUACUUGUUGGCUGGCUAAGAGAUACAAACAUGUUAGCUUUUUCUGUUCCAGAAAUACUCUUCUGGAUAACUUGUUAGGAGACAAGUUUGCUUGUAAAAACAUUGCCCCAUGGGAAAAGUUCACAGUAUAAAAAGACAUGCAGAAUAUGCACAAAACCCCUUUAUGUGUAGAGCUGUGCUUCUUGAUGUCAUUGUCCUCUUUGCCUCUUCCCUUGCUCCACCCUGAAGCCAGGUUCUUACCAAUCCACAUCCAAACCCCCCUUUUUAACUGCUGGCUCAGGUUUUCUGAAUUCAAGUGAUCUUAUGUGUAAUCAGCCCCUGAGGAGCUGGAAGCAGGUGCUGGGCCCUACACAUACCAUAUUGCCUUAUGUCGCAGACAGAUCUGCAGCUAUCAGCUGUUGGGCUUUGAAGUCCAGUGGAGUGUGUAAGUGGAUGUGGAUUGCAGACUGCCUGGAAUUUUCCUUGCGGUUCCUCGGCAUUCCUUGAGAACUCUUGCAUUGCUACCUAAGCCCACGAGUAUGCCUUACUUAGUAAGAUUUGCACAAAGUACAAAACGUUUCUAUGCAAGCUGUUAGUAGUGUCUAGUUUAUUUGUAUGCUUGUUUUAAUAAGAUAAAGAAAGAUGCUCAGUAUCUUUCUGUAGAGUUAAAUGGACAGCAGGCUGUUUUUGUCUUUAUUUGUCUUUUUUUUUUUAAUUAUUAAAUGAAAAAGAUUUGCUUGCUCAUG